UGAUGUUAAGAGCCAAAGAGUGUUAGAUGCUGAAAAUCAAACCACAGGAAAUAUAAACGAGAAGAUGCAGAAGUGUAGAUUUGAGCAAAAUGGCAAACACAUGUGUUGAGAGUGCGGUGAAACUCACUUGACAUUGAACUUGAGAAGCUGGACGGACACAGAACCCCUCUAUGGCGAACUUUGGCGCGUAGUAGACGUCAUUAAACGCCACACAUGUGAAGAAGACCGACACAGAGCAGGUCAUCUGUCUUCAUCCUCACAGAAGCACUGACUGGAGCUGCUCUGCUGCAAUGGCGCUGGCGGCUCGCUGAGGCUCGGAGUUGGGGAGUGUUUUCUCUUUGUUUUCCGGAGAAUCGCACGGGAAUCUUCAGCCAUGCUCGAGCCCGCAGCGCUGGGUCCGGCUUAGAGGAGUGUGUGGGUCCGAUAUCUCGACAUUAGACCCGCGGUCCGAGCGGAAGGGCUGAGUGCAGCUUACAUGCAACCCGCCCCGAUCCUCCCCACAUCUGCAUGCGAUCCGCGCCCGGCCCGGCCUCUCUCUCUCCUGCAGCUGAUCGAGCACGGCGAGCCUGCGGACCUGGAGCUGGAGCUGUCUGACACUUAUAUUCAUGAUUAUUGACCACUAUCACUAUGGCAGAACGCGGUUCCUCCGGGGUACUGAUGAUGAUGCUGGACCCGGGGAUCGCGACGCCUCUCCCGGCGGGCGUGCGAGAGAAGCUGGCGGAGCUGGAGCUGGAGCUCUCCGAGGGUGACAUCACACAAAAAGGCUAUGAAAAGAAAAGAGGGAAAUUAUUGGCGCCCUACAUACCCCAGAUACAAGGUGUAGACCCGUCUCUGCAGAUAGAUCACAGGAUCCACACGGCGUCCCAGGCUCCUCCAGGCUCCAAGCAGAACAAGCCACGGGUGGCCAACUCACGGGAUGAGCGCUUCAGAUCAGACCUUCAUACAGAAGCAGUACAAGCAGCCUUGUCAAAGUAUAAAGAGAGAAAGAUGCCAAUGCCCUCGAAGAGACGCUCUGUUCUAGUGCAGUCCUCAGUUGAAGCAUGCACUCCUCCAGACACGUCGUCGGCCUCAGAAGACGAGGGGUCGCUGCGCCGGCAGGGUCGGAUCUGCUCCUCGUCCCCGUACCAGGCGCACCCGAGCGUGGAGCACUGGUUCAACAGGGUCAUCCAGGGCUCGUCCACCUCCUCGUCCGCCUCGUCCACCUCAUCACACCCCGGAGGAAGAGCCCAGCACUCCAACGCCACCUCUGCUUCAGCCGCCACCGUGCUGGCCGACCUCAUGGCUCACACACAGCUGGACGGGCCCAGCGCGCCGCCGGAUGUGACCGGCCUGUGGGAGCGCUCGGUGCAUGAGGAGCGUCCACAGGUGGCGUCGGUGCGAGGGCUUCCCCGCGGACACACACACACCAGCGUCCUGGAGACGGCCGACGGCGUUCCAGUCAACAGUCGAGUGUCCUCCAAGAUCCAGCAGCUCCUAAACACGCUGAAAAGGCCAAAGAGACCCCCUUUACGAGAGUUCUUUGUUGAUGAUUUUGAGGAGCUUUUGGACGUCCAGCAGCCGGACCCGAGCCAGCCCAAGCCCGAGGGGGGUGAGAUGCGAGCGCUGAACGGGGAUCCGCUCGGUGUGAUCAGCAACUGGCCUCCGUCGCUCCUGGCCUCUCUUCAGCGCUGGGGAAACACACAUCCCAAGAGCCCCUGCCUCACAGCGCUGGACAACACCGGCAAACCCGUCUACACACUCACAUACGGGAAGUUGUGGACGCGGAGUCAGAAGCUUGCGUUUACGCUGCUGAAUAAACUGAGCAGCAGGAAUGAGCCACUGCUGCGGCCCGGAGACCGAGUUGCCCUUGUGUUCCCGAACAACGAUCCGGUGAUGUUUAUGGUGGCGUUUUACGGAUGUCUGCUGGCAGAGCUGGUGCCGGUGCCCAUAGAGGUGCCACUCACUCGAAAGGACGCCGGCGGGCAGCAGGUGGGCUUCCUCCUGGGCAGCUGCGGGGUCACGCUGGCUCUGACCACUGACGCCUGUCAGAAGGGCCUUCCUAAAGCUCAGACCGGGGAAGUGGUCACUUUUAAAGGCUGGCCUCGACUGCUGUGGUUUGUCACGGAUGGAAAGCAUGUUGUAAAGCCUCCUAAAGACUGGCAUCCUCCGAUACGAGAAGCCGGCGAUGAGAUCGCGUACAUCGAGUAUAAGAGCAGUAAGGAGGGCAGCACGAUGGGCAUCACCGUGUCUCACGCUGCGAUGUUAUCUCACUGCCAUGCGCUCACACAGGCCUGUGGAUACACGGAGGGCGAGAUUAUAACAAACGUGCUGGACUUCAAACGAGACGCCGGUCUGUGGCACGGGGUGCUCACGAGUGUGAUGAACCGACUGCACGUGAUCAGCAUCCCAUACUCUCUGAUGAAGGUCAACCCUCUCUCCUGGAUACAGAAAGUCCACACCUAUAAAGCGCGUGUCGCAGUGGUGAAGUCCCGGGACAUGCACUGGUCGCUGUUAGCCCAGCGGGAUCAGAGGGACAUCAGUCUCAGUUCCCUCCGCAUGCUCAUCGUGGCUGACGGAGCCAAUCCCUGGUCUAUUUCGUCUUGUGACGCCUUCCUGAACGUCUUCCAGGCCCGCGGACUGCGUCCCGAGGCGAUCUGCCCGUGUGCGAGCUCCUCCGAGGCCAUGACCGUCGCCAUCCGCAGGCCUCCAGAGAUGGGUGUUCCUCCCCCGGGUAAAGCGGUGUUGUCCAUGAGCGGUCUGAGUUACGGCGUGAUCCGGGUCGACACCGAGGAGAAGCUCUCCGUUCUCACGGUGCAAGAUGUCGGACAGGUCAUGCCUGGAGCGCUGGUGUGUGUGAUCCGGCUGGAGGGAACGCCGUACCUGUGUCGAAUGGAUGAGGUGGGAGAGAUCUGUGUGAGCUCCAACAGUACGGGGAUCUCUUACUACGGUCUGCCAGGAAUGACCAAGAAUGUCUUUGAGACCAUUCCCGUGACAUCAUCAGGAUCUCCCAUCAGCGACCGGCCCUUCACACGCACGUCUCUCCUGGGCUUCAUCGGCCCGGAUAAUCUGGUGUUUGUGGUGGGAAAGCUGGACGGGCUGAUGAGGGUGAGCGGGCGAUGUCAUAACGCAGACGACGUGGUGGCCACCGCGCUGGCCGUCGAGCCCAUGAAGUUCGUGUACAGAGGACGGAUUGCAGUUUUCUCUGUUUCGGUUCUGCACGAUGAGCGCAUUGUUGUGGUGGCGGAACAGAGACCAGACGCUUCAGAAGAGGACAGCUUCCAGUGGAUGAGCCGAGUGCUGCAGGCCAUCGACAGCAUCCAUCAGGUGGGUGUGUACUGUCUGGCUCUGGUCCCGGCCAACACACUCCCCAAAGCUCCCCUGGGCGGCAUCCACAUCUCCGAGAGCAAGCAGCGCUUCCUGGAGGGAGCCCUACACCCCUGCAACGUGCUCAUGUGCCCUCACACCUGCGUCACCAACCUGCCCAAACCCCGCCAGAAGCAGCCCGGCACCGAGGUGGGUCCUGCGUCCAUGAUCGUGGGAAACCUGGUGGCAGGAAAGAGAAUUGCUCAGGCCUGUGGGAGAGACGUGUCUCAGCUGGAAGACCAUGAUCAGUUCCUGUAUCUGCAGGACGUCCUGCAGUGGAGAGCUCAGGCCACUCCAGACCAUCCUCUGUUUCUGCUGCUCAACGCCAAGGGCACGGUGGCCAACACAGCGUCGUGUGUGCAGCUGCACAAGCGUGCGGAGCGAGUGGCGGUGGCGCUGAUGGAGCGAGGCCGACUGAACACUGGAGAUCAUGUGGCACUGGUGUAUCCUCCCGGUAUUGAUCUGAUCGCCACUUUCUACGGCUGCCUGUACGCCGGCUGCGUCCCCGUGACCGUCAGGCCUCCGCACCCGCAGAACUUAACCACAACCCUGCCCACCGUCAAGAUGAUCGUGGAGGUCAGUAAGUCUGUAUGUAUUCUGACAACACAAGCAAUAAUGAAACUACUGAAAUCCAAAGAGGCCGCGGCUGCUGUGGACGUGAAAGCGUGGCCGUUGAUACUGGACACGGAUGAUCUCCCAAGAAAGAGGAUUCCCCAGAUCUACAAACCCCCCACCCCAGAGAUGCUCGCCUACCUGGACUUCAGUGUGUCCACCACAGGAAUCCUGGCUGGGGUCAAGAUGUCCCAUGCUGCCACCAGUGCCUUGUGUCGCUCUAUCAAGCUGCAGUGUGAGCUGUACCCGUCCCGCCAGAUCGCCAUCUGCCUGGACCCCUACUGUGGCCUGGGCUUUGCCCUCUGGUGUCUCUGCAGUGUGUACUCAGGCCAUCAGUCUAUCCUGGUCCCUCCUCUGGAGCUGGAGACCAAUGCGUCUCUGUGGCUCUCUGCAGUCAGCCAGUAUAAAGCUCGAGUGACCUUCUGUUCGUAUUCGGUGAUGGAGAUGUGCACCAAAGGCCUGGGCUCCCAGACUGAAGCUCUGCGGUUGCGGGGCGUGAAUCUGUCGUGUGUGCGGACCUGUAUGGUGGUGGCGGAGGAGCGUCCUCGCAUCGCUCUAACGCAGUCCUUCUCCAAGAUCUUCAAGGACCUGGGUCUCUCGAGCCGGGCCGUCAGCACCACCUUCGGCUGCAGGGUGAACGUGGCCGUGUGUCUUCAGGGCACCUCUGGGCCGGACCCCACCACCGUAUAUCUGGACAUGAGGGCCCUGCGGCAUGACAGAGUUCGAUUAGUCGAGAGAGGCUCUCCACACAGUCUGCCGCUGAUGGAAUCUGGGAAGAUUCUGCCUGGGGUGAAGGUUAUAAUCGCCAACACAGAGACCAAAGGACCUCUAGGAGAUUCUCAUCUGGGUGAAAUCUGGGUGAGCAGCCCCCAUAAUGCCACAGGAUACUACACGGUUUAUGGCGAAGAGGCGUUGCACGCGGACCACUUCAGCACCAGACUGAGCUUCGGUGACACGCAGACGGUCUGGGCUCGCACCGGAUACCUCGGCUUCCUGCGGCGUACAGAACUCACAGAUGCCAGUGGAGAGAGACAUGAUGCCUUGUAUGUGGUGGGAUCUCUGGAUGAGACUCUCGAGCUGCGGGGAAUGCGUUACCACCCCAUUGAUAUUGAGACGUCUGUAAUAAGAUCACACAAGAGCAUUGCAGAGUGUGCUGUGUUCACAUGGACUAAUCUACUGGUGGUGGUAGUGGAGCUUGAGGGGUCAGAACAGGAAGCCCUGGACCUUGUUGCGCUGGUGACCAAUGUGGUUCUGGAAGAGCACUAUCUCAUAGUAGGGGUUGUUGUGGUAGUGGACCCUGGAGUCAUUCCUAUCAACUCCAGAGGGGAGAAGCAGCGAAUGCACUUGCGGGACGGCUUUCUCGCCGACCAGCUGGAUCCCAUAUACGUGGCCUACAACAUGUGAGAAUGUGUAAUGUGGAGGAGGAACCAGAUGCCAGAAAACUCUGCAUAUGCAAAUUUACAAAGGAAGCAUUAGAGGACAGUCUUGCCUCUUCCUCCACACACAUGAAGAGUCCUUGAUGGAGCUAUGCAGUUUAUUUUUUAUAUCAAACUGUCAUUCCUUGAAAAUAAAACUCUGAUUCAGUGGUCAGGGCAAAUGACUCGAUUUCAUCUCCUGUUGUCUUGAGCGACACAAUUGAGUUCUCAUUCAAGCACACUCGUUCUGCACAUACGACACAUGAGUGUUGACUGUUCCCUGUGUGUGUUUGAGGAGGACCAGAGGAGUGCCUGAUGUCAAAAGCAGGAUCCAGAUUCUAGGACCAUUGAAUUUUUCAAGGGCAUGUGAAAAUGUGUAAUGCAUUUCAUUUCACAGCAUUCCUGUUCUAACUGUAAAAAAUGCACAAAACCAAGUUUUGUUUGGUUUGUUCAUUUCACAUCAACACUCAAAUCUUUGAUAAAUGUUUCAUCCGGAGACCGAAUGGCAAUAAGGAAAUGGAUAUCAGAAAGCAGUACUGAAGGUGUGCUGUGGAUAUACUGCUUCACGAAUUCACAAGCUUAUGCAUUCCCAGCUAGUGUUUCAACAUGAGCCUUAAAUAUUUUCAUACGCCUGUGGAUUGUUUGUUAUUUGAAUUUCCCCAUUAAUUAAACUCAUUAAUGUGUGAGCUUUAGACUGCAGGAUAGGAAUCAGGGUAAUAAGUGUAUAGAUGAAGAGUCUUAUUCAGGUAACCAAGUCCCAAUCUGAAAAAAUAUUUCUACUCAAAUUUACAUUUACAGCAGUUGUCAUUUAUUAAAUUUUUUUUUUGCACUGUAUGACCAUUUACUAGUAGUGUAUCUUAUAUUUCUGCAGAAGGUGACAUUUUCUGUCUCAUACACAUUACUGAUUGAAAAGAAAGUAUCCUUUUCCCUUAAUUCAUUAAAACAUACCUAACAGAUGGGACCGGUAUUUCAGGAAAACUGACCACUGCAGAUGAGGGCUUUGAUUCUUCUUUUCAUUACUGUGUUAAAGAGUGAUUAUUGCUUGUAUUUUCAGACGCACUGUACACCGCGUUGGCCAGCACUGUAUAGACCACAAUCUAACAAUGCUUGCUUUCUUUUAUUGCGCUCACUACGUAAAGGAGAGGCGAUAUGCCUGCUGUAAUUAUGUACAGAA